UGUCGCAGGCGGUGUGCUCGCUUCCAGCAGUGCACUGAGUCGACUUGUCUCUUUCUGAAGUCCGACAUCAGGACAUCACAGCUGUGAGGAGACAGAUGAAGUGUAAUGGCACGAAUGCUGCGGGAGGCUGCAUCCUCACUGCCAAAGGCUGAGCACCACCCACAUUAAGUCUGCAAUUGCCUGGCUGUAUUUUUCUCAUUUCUUUGGGAAGAUACAGUCUUUCACAUACAUACAGUUGAAACUAUCCAUCUGACUGUAUACAGAAGUUGCGUACUUGUCAAAAUGAUGGUUGUACUAGCAUUUCUCAGAGCGCGAGGCCCGUCUGGAUUAGCCCUUUGGUCACAGAACCUCGUGGAGGCUUCAAAGUCCCCUUCUGCCCUUUGUGUCUUUAUCCACCCUGAAUGACAAAAGCCUAGGUUUACCUUCUGCUUUCCGCAUCAGCUGCAGGCAGCCAGGUUUCCAGUUUGAGCUAACUCAGACUGGCCUUAAACUCAUGUGCAGAAGUGGUCCAGAAAUAGGAUCCAGCUGCAGGAGCAGUUGUGCAUUCCCCCUCAUAGUCUGCAGCAGCGAGGACAUAGUGGCUGUGCCCUGCUAAUGUCAAAACUGAAGUUGCUAAUCUUGGUGGUUGGAGAACAUUUGCAGAGCAGGAGUUAAAGUAGCUGUGAGACAGCUAUGUGCUGAAGAUCAAGCCAAGUCUAUAGUGCUAGAAGAGUGGCUUGAAGCCAUCUUUCAUGACAAUGGUAGUGGUGAUGAUGCUGAUGAGUAGUGAUGAUUAAGUCCUCCACCUCACCCUUCAUUUCUGACCAGCCACAUCUGGGAAUGCGGAACCCAUCCUAUUGUUCCCCUAAACCUCCUGUAAAACAACUUUUCUGAGGCCGAGAAGCACUAGAUAAGGCGUUGUGUUGCUGGUGCACUGGCUAUGACACCACUGUACAGAAUCUCCUCCUCGUUUCCCUGGCAGAGGAGCCAUUUCACACACAGCAGUAUUGUGCACUGGAGCAAUGCGUGGAAGUCCAUCUGCAAGGCAGAUUACACUCAAUAUGAACUCCAUUGCACAUUAAACCACUAACAUAAAUGGACCUGCUCUGAUCUAUCUCCCAACCUGUAGUAGCUGAUUGAUAUCCCAAAUGCUGUGAGAAAUGCUUCCAAUAUUCCAUUCCUCCUUCUCAGAAGCAGCCCACAGUUUCCACCAGCUCUCUGGGAUACAUGUAUGAAUGUGCUUAUCUCCAGCUGCUUGUGGCACUGGCCAAACAAACAGCAGUAGGUUCCAGGCCAGAUACCAUUCUGACAGGCAUGCUUCUGUCUAGUGCCUGCUUGGGCGCUUGCCUCCUCGUGGAAGAAUGUGUAUUGUCCUGCAAGAGGCUUCGAAGAGGACAUUCUGAUCGUGUCCGAGGGGAAGAUGGCCCCGUUCACCCACGACUUCAGGAAAGCGCAGCAGAGGAUGCCCGCCAUCCCCGUCAGCAUCCACUCCAUGAACUUCACCUGGCAGGCAACGGGACGGGCUGAGUACUUCUAUGAGUUCCUGUCUUUGCACUCCUUGGAUAAAGGCAUAAUGGCUGAUCCAACUAUAAAUAUCCCUCUGCUUGGAACGGUUCCUCAUAAAGCAUCAGUUGUUCAGGUUGGAUUUCCUUGCCUUGGAAAACAAGACGGGGUCGCUGCAUUUGAAGUGAAUGUGAUCAUAAUGAAUUCAGAAGGCAAUAUUAUCCUCCAGACCCCUCAGAACGCCAUCUUCUUUAAAACCUGUCAGCAAGCGGAGUGUCCAGGAGGAUGCAGGAAUGGAGGGUUUUGCAAUGAAAGACAUGUCUGUGAAUGUCCAGAUGGAUUUUACGGGCCUCACUGUGAGAAAGCGCUGUGUACUCCUCGCUGCAUGAAUGGUGGGCUCUGCAUUACGCCUGGCCUCUGCAUCUGCCCCCCCGGCUUCUAUGGCAUCAACUGUGACAAAGCAAACUGUACAACAACCUGUUUCAAUGGAGGAACGUGUUUCUAUCUGGGAAAAUGCAUUUGUCCUUCAGGAUAUGAAGGAGACCAAUGUGAAAUAAGUAAAUGCCAUCAGCCAUGUCGAAAUGGGGGCAAAUGUACUGGUAAAAAUAAAUGCAAGUGCUCCAAAGGCUAUCAGGGAGACCUGUGUUCAAAGCCUGUCUGUGAACCCAGCUGUGGUCUGUACGGCACCUGUGUUGAGCCCAACAAAUGCCAGUGCAAAGAAGGCUGGCACGGGAGACACUGCAACAAAAGGUAUGGAGCCAGCGGUCUGAGCGCCCUGAGGCCAGCAGGCAGCAAACACAGGCAGCACACGCCUUCGCCAAAAAGGGCAGAGGAGAGGCAUGUUCCACCCGAAUCCAAUUAUAUCUGGUGAACUCCAACAUCUGAAACGGUUCGUGUUACAUAAAGUUCAUAGCCUUCAUUAACCUCUCAUGGAUUGAAUGUUAAACCGCUGUUCAUUACAGUUGAGAGUACCGGCUGGAAUUUUAUUAGCUUCAUUAUAAACCACUGAGCUGAUAUUUACUAUUCCUUUUAAGUUUUAUAAAUACUUCUAUAGCAUGAUUAUAUAGGCUGCUUCUUUCAGUGCUGUGGAUGGUGUUUUGUACUAUACUUCAGUUGCGUUUAAACUUCCUUUUUUGAUUGUAUAGCUGCAAAUAUUUUCCAAAAAUUAAGUAACAAUUUUCAAGCAGAAAACCUCAAAGAUGCUAACCUGAAUCAUGUCAUUGGCUUCAGAUUUCAUUUGCCUGAGACAAAAGAAAGGGGCAUUUUACAGUUUUGCUAUGGUGUAGUUAGAAUUUUCCCUAAGAAAAAGAAAUAAAUAUGUUGCCUAAUUUAAAAACUGAACAACUGAAUUCAAUGUUAUCUUUGGCCUUAACAGUUUUGCAAAGUAAUGUGUAUUAAAAAUACACUACAGUGGUGCCAUUUAACCAGUGUAAUACAUUGCAAACAAAGUAGAACUAUAAUGUAUGAAGUUUCUGCAUCAGCUUGAAGCAAUAUAAUAUAUUGUAAACAAAACCGCUCGUACAUAAUAAACUUUUUAUACUGAUGGUUAUGUAUAAAAUAAAGAUGCUGCUUUAGUUUUUCGAGU